AUGUGUAAAAUUCCUUGUCCACUUUGUUGCGAAAAGUCGUUCAUUAAUGCAGAAAUUCUUCGAGUAGCAUUAGUAGAAGUUACCACUAAACCUUUACAAUGUCCAUUGUGUAAUGCAAUUUGUUUGGGUCUGGACAAACUGACCAUCCAUUUAUUUACUCAUUGUGUACUAGGUAACAAAACCGAUCGAGAAUACAAAAAUUUGCCGGAAUAUACCAAAAAUGUACUUAGCAUAUCUGAAUCGAUACCAAACAAUACCCAAACUAAUAACUCUCAAAUUAAUCAUAAUCUUUCAAUUUCCUUUGAUCAGAAUAGUGAACAGUUUGAAGUUGACAAUGGCAACCAAUUUCUAGCCGAUGGUGAAAAUCAAGCAAAUGUCCAAGCAAUUAACCAAAAUCAACAAAACAAUAAUUGCACAGUAGUAAACAAGCAACAAAUGACUUUUUUGGAAAGUCAAAACUGUCAGCAAAGGGUUAUGCAGCCAAGCUUAAUAACUCUUCCAAUGAAUGUAUCAAUGCAAGUUGGAGCUACUGUAACCCAAAAGGAUAAUAUGUUAGAAAUUGAUACAAAUAUAGGAAAUAAUCAAGAUAUGGUGAAUAAUAAGAUAACAAAUCAAACGCAACAAAUAUCCCCUAAAUUUCAAUUAAGACCUUCGCCUUUAGAAACUGUAGUUACCAGGUUGACGAAUGGGCAAACUGUGCUUGUGCCAAAUAAAAACAAACGAAAUGCUGAUGGAGCCAAUAUGGAUGCUGACGGUUCCGGAAAUCAGUUUUCUAUCGCAAAUAGUUCCAAAACCUUGUGUGAUUUAUGUGGAUUUCAUUUCGAUUCUGUAGAACUUCUAGCAAUGCACGCUUUCAUAGCGCAUGAAAACAAUAGUUCUUUAACAAGAAUGGAACUUCACGCCUGUGGUUUGUGUGAGAAAACUUUCAGGAUGCCUGCAGCUUUACUUCUCCACCGAUCAGUCAUACAUGAUAUAACUGCAGCAAAUCAAUCAAAAAUUAACUCCAGUUCAGAAAAGCAAGUACCUCUCAAUUCAACAGUUGUAAUUACGGCACCAUUCAGUCAAGGCAACGAUCAAAAACUUUGGAAUUGUGAUAUUUGCUCGAAAAGUUUUACCACUAAAUAUUUUUUAAAGAAACAUAAAAGAUUGCACACAGGUGAGAUGCCAUACAGUUGUACAAAAUGCAACAAAACUUUUACAUUCCAACAAUCGUAUCAUAAACAUCUACUUUAUCACAACGAUGAAAAACCACAUGCCUGUUCACAUUGCGGAAGAACUUUUAAGGAAUUGUCAACAUUGCACAACCAUCAAAGGAUCCAUACUGGCGAAAAACCAUUCGCAUGCGAAACUUGCGGAAAAGCAUUUCGUCAGAGAGUAUCUUAUCUGGUUCACAGACGAAUUCAUACAGGAGCCAUGCCGUAUAAAUGUACAGCUUGCAACAGGAGCUUCAGAUAUAAGGUGUCACAAAGAACUCAUAAAUGCGCUGCUCAAAUUGCAAGUAAUCUUGCACGCAAGCAAGAUGAUCUCAUUCAAAAAUUAUUGUCUGAUGAGUCGAGCGCACAAGGCACAGCCCAACAAUUGCCACCAGAACCAAGUCCCGUCUCUGAAAUUCAAAACCAACUUGUAAAUAAUGCAAUUGAUCCUCCUGAAAUAACAAAUAUUGAUCAUAUAGUUGCAGAGUCAUAUGACAGUAUGCUCUUGCAAACAGAAGAUGUUUGUCCAAACUAUACUGUUACUUUUCAAGAAGAUAGUCCUGAACCAAAAAAUCAAGCAUAUGAGGAUGUUGAUGUUUUGACACUGUAUGAAUGCUCUGAUAGUUUAGAAACCAUUAAUGAAGACGCUUUAAAGAAUCUCUUGCAUCAGGGGUAA